AUGGCAGGCCUCAAGCACUUCAAAAUGGCGAUGGACCCGGCCAUCCAGAAGCUGGGCAACAUGACCACGACCCGACACAAGUACUUCCGAUGGACACCGCGGACCGCACGCAUCACCUUCAUGUACGCCGUCUUCGUCCCGGCUAUCUUUGGCGUCGUUGCAUACCAGACAGACGGCAAGUGGGAUCUGCGAGCGAAGAGGAAGGGCGACCUCAUCGCCGAAUUUUAG